GCCUAUUUCUCGCAAUAGUCGCCAUUUGUCUUGGGACGUCAGUGUGCGUACGGACAGAUCGACCGCAAACUUUCUUAACGUUUAUAACGUUUGAUUUCAACUUACACUAACUGAAACUGAACAUGGCCGUCAGUCAGCCACGCCAGAAUUAUGCCGUUGAGAGCGAAGCAGGUGUGAACAAGCAGAUCAACAUGGAAUUGUAUGCGAGUUACGUGUAUCAUUCCAUGGCUUACUAUUUUGAUCGUGACGAUGUUGCCCUGCCUGGAUUUCACAAGUUCUUCAAGAAGGCCUCCGAGGAAGAAAGGGAACAUGCUGAGAAACUGAUGAAGUUCCAGAACCAGCGUGGAGGCAGGAUUGUGCUUCAGGACAUCAGGAAGCCAGAGAAGGAUGAGUGGGGAGAUGGACUUGCUGCCAUGCAGGUGGCCCUGGCCCUGGAAAAGAACGUCAACCAGGCCUUGCUGGACCUCCACAAGGUGGCCGCAGAUAAUGGGGACGCCCAGGCUUACUAUUUUGAUCGUGACGAUGUUGCCCUGCCUGGAUUUCACAAGUUCUUCAAGAAGGCCUCCGAGGAAGAAAGGGAACAUGCUGAGAAACUGAUGAAGUUCCAGAACCAGCGUGGAGGCAGGAUUGUGCUUCAGGACAUCAGGAAGCCAGAGAAGGAUGAGUGGGGAGAUGGACUUGCAGCUAUGCAGGUGGCCCUGGCCCUGGAGAAGAAUGUCAACCAGGCCCUGCUGGACCUCCACAAGGUGGCGGCAGAUAAUGGGGACGCCCAGAUGACUGAUUUCAUCGAGGGCCACUAUCUGACCGAGCAGGUGGAGUCCAUCAAGCAGAUCUCGGACCACAUCACCAACCUGAAGAGGUGCGGCAAGGGUCUGGGCGAGUACAUGUUCGACAAGGAGACCCUGCAGGAUUAAACAUCCACAUAUGAGGAGUGCCACUCAGACACAAAUUGUUGUCUUAGAGGACUAUCUAAAUAAACAUUCUCGUAUUAAUCAAUAUGUAGAAGUUGUUUCUGUGGAGAAGUGUGCAUUCCCAUUUUUAACAUAAUCGCCUUGUUAAGGUCACGAAAAUUAGUUUGUCUUUCCAAAUCACUCUAUGCUUGCAUCUUUGGUUUGCUUCUGGUUUUAACUUUUGGUUUCAUUUAUUGUAAGAAAUCUUUUAAAGAUAUUUGAGUGAAGGGAUGCCAUCUGGACAGACAGAAAAGCUAAGAGAGAGACUGUUUGUCAUCAGGAAAGGAAGAAACUUCCAGUUAGUUUUUCAUUUUAAAUAAAGAUGCCAUAAACUGCA